GGGCGGUCGCAGCGGCUAAAGCUUUGUUCCUCUUUUCCACAAGCUUUCAGACUUUCCUUCAGGACUAAUCCCAAGAAGCCCUCUCUCCGGAAACAAAGAACAGUCAUGCCCAGCUUGAAAAGCUCCUUGAUCCUCACAGCCUACAUCAUCAUCUUCCUCACUGGUCUCCCUGCCAACCUCCUGGCACUGCGGGCCUUUGUGGGGCGCGUCCGCCAGCCGCACCCCGCGCCCAUCCACAUCCUUCUGCUCAGCCUGACGCUGGCGGACCUCCUGCUGCUUCUGCUGCUGCCUUUCAGGAUGGUAGAGGCCGCGUCUGACUUCGUCUGGUACCUGCCUGAGCUAGUCUGUGCUGUCACGGGUUUUGGCUUCUACAGUAGCAUCUACUGCAGCGUGUGGCUCCUGGCGGCCAUCAGCAUCGAGCGCUACCUGGGAGUGGCUUUCCCCGUGCGGUACAAGCUGUCCCGCCGGCCUCUGUAUGGAGUGAUUGCUGCUCUGAUCUCCUUGAUCCUGUCCUUUGGUCAUUGCACCAUAGUGAUCAUCACUCAGUACCUCAACUCAGGCCAGAGGCUCACGAACGAGAGUAGCAUAAUGUGCUACGAGAACUUCACGGCAGAGCAGCUGGAGGUGGUGAUUCCCGUGCGGCUGGAGCUGUUCCUCGUCCUCUUCCUCAUCCCCAUGGCGGUCACCAUCUUCUGCUACUGGCGCUUUGUGUGGGUCAUGCUCACCCAGCCCCACGUGGGGGCCCAGAGGCGGCGCCGAGCCGUGGGGCUGGCUGUGGUGACCCUCCUUAAUUUCCUGGUGUGCUUUGGGCCAUAUAACGUAUCCCACCUGGUGGGGUUCCACACGAAUGUGAGCCCCCCGUGGCGGGCAGAAGCCGUGGUAUUGAGUUCCCUCAAUGCCAGUCUGGACCCCUUGCUUUUCUAUUUCUCUUCUUCAGCCGUGCGCAGAGCCUUUGGGAAAGGGUUGCAGGCACUGCGGCAUCGGGGCUCCUCCCUGCUGGGACGCAGAGGCAAAGAGACAGCAGAAGUGGCGAAUGUGGACAGGGGUGUGAGUCAAACAGAGGGAGUGCCGAGUUCUGACUACACCACAGACUAAGGAUGUCCCUGGACCUUCGGAGGCACUCUGGGUUUUGUAUGAAUUGAGCAGGCUGGGAGAGGGAGAACACGGGUUCCUGGCCCGGAUUCAGGAAUCCUCAGACCCAAACCACGACGGGGACUGUAAAAAAAUCUCUCUCACCAGCUCUGUAUCCUUUCCUGACUGAAUUUUCCUUCCCAAAGGAGCACAGCUCCAGGACGAAAGAAGAAACAGUUGGGCAUAGCAGCACUAACAGACCAGAGUUUCCGAAGCAAUGUAGAGAAAUCAAAUGCCGAUUGUCCAUGUGAGGUGGCUGGUAGCUGAAGCAGAGAGCCCUAAAACAACCUUGCCACCAGCUUUGAAACAACACCUACACACUGGUCUAGUUGUUGGUGCUAGAAUGAAGCCACUGGGAAAGAGAUGGGAGAGAAAUUCUAAAUGAGGUCAAAGAAGAUGCAGGAAGGUUCUGAACCAAGGGGAUUAGGAGGGAGGACUGGGGCUUAGAGCUAUAAUGACCUAGGUGUGGGCAAUAUCCAUCUGACCUGCUGCUCUUUAAGAAUGAUCCAGUCGUCUCCAUGUGUGUACCUGUCUCCCCCAAUAAACUGGGAGCCACCUGAGGUCUGGGUCUUGUCUUCUCCCUCCAUGGCGCAGGUCAGAACCCAGCUUGGCAACCAUCAGUUAGAGCUCAACACUGAUGAGCACAGGAAAAAACCUGGUCUGGCCGAUUGAAAAUAAAGAUUAGGGAUUUCCCUGGCAGUCCAGUGGUUAAGACUCUGUGCUUCCACUGCAGGGGGC